ACUGCGGUGAAGCCACGCCUCCUGCUGUGGGCGGGGUUUAAAGUUUAGUCCAGUUCUGAAACUCCUGCGCUCGCUGGAACUGCAGUCAGUCAGCAGCUCACUGCUCGGCUCGCGCGGUACGGACUGAUCUACAGAAAGAGAGGGAAGGUUUAGUUUAGAACAGAUCAGUCUUUUAGGUCAGACAACAGUAUGGAAUCAGUAGGUUUUCGUUUGGUUUAAUUAUAGCUUUGGAAACGCAGCGGACGGAAGGACUUCACGCACUCGCCUCUGGAUAACCGCAGUGUCUCUCUGCGCAGUGAUGGAGGUUUUGGGCUUUAGGCAUUUUGCGCUUUGGAUUUCAUUCCUGACGGGUUUCACGAUGGCCAGUUACUCAGAAGACCAGUGCAGCUGGAGGGGAAGUGGUCUCUCUCAGGCAGUGAAGAACGUGGAGCAGGUUUGGUUGAGGUGUGCGGAGGGCUCUGUGGAGUGGCUGUACCCUGCUGGAGCGCUUCGUCUCACCCUGUCGCCCCGACUGCCGUGGAGCGCCAUGGGUCCCGGCGAGUCCAGCAGGAGCCCGGUGUCGGCCUGCAUCAAGCCGGAUCAGCACUGGGGCGGGGCUCAGCUCUACCUGAAGCGGGACGGAGUCCUGGAGCUUCUGGUGGGAGACGAGACCUCCAGCCCGGCCCAUGUGCGCUGCUUCAGUGCCAUGCCUGGAGAACGACCGGCACUCUUCUUGCAAGCCACACCUCACCAGGACAUAAGCAGACGCAUCGCCACGUUUCGCUACGAGCUGAGAGGGGAUUGGACGGCGCAGCCGUCAGUCAACACAGACCCAAUCAGCAGCGAAGGAGCCUGCAGGCCAUGCAAUAACACUGAGAUCCUGAUGGCUGUGUGCACUAGUGACUUUGUGGUUCGAGGAAACAUCCGUUCAGUGGAGACGGACUCAAAUCUGAAAGCGGCAGUGAUCAAAGUGAGCGCGACGCGGGUUUACCGGCAGAAGUUUGCGCUGUUCCCGCAAUCAGGGCGUCUGACGCGGUCGGGUGAGAUCCGUACGGCCCUGCAGUGUGGCGCUCGACCCGGCGCUGGCAGCUUCCUGUUUACCGGCCGCGUGCACUUUGGGGAGGCGUGGCUCGGCUGCGCUCCACGCUACAAAGACUUCCUGAAGGUGUACGAGCAGGCCAAACAAUCCCUGAUGAUCCCCUGCACUCUGGUCAACGACUGACGGAAAAACACGCUCAUGUGUGGGCGAAACUCGUGAUUCUGUCGCAGAAGAUUCGCAGCGUCUGAGAAACUCCUGAACAGAUGAAAGAGAGAGAGGUUUAGGAGAACAGAGAAAAAGACACUGUGACACUGAAACAACCAAGGAGCAAGUCUCAGCGGAGAUCACUGGAUUAAGAUGGAUAUCUGACGGAGGACGUUUGUGUGUCCAUGUCUGUCUAAUUCCUCUCAGAUUCGGGGGCCUAAACUGGGCCUCUUUUUUAAACUCAGGAAAUCUUGUCUUUGGACGCUUUGAUAUGAACAUCAUAUCAUUGAAAUAUCCAAAGUCCUCAUGAUGUUGAGUUGGUAAAUAAGCUGUACGCCAUGCAUGUAGCACAGUCAUCUUUUGCAGUAUUUGACGCCACAGAAAAACCUUGAUUUGUCAGCCUGUAUAUGAAAAGAAAACGUUUUUAAACACUGUUUUUGUAUUGAGAGUAUAUAUUUUCUUUUUAUAAAAAAAUGUCGUCUUUUUUUCUAAAUUUGCACUGGUGAAAGGAAGGGAAAGACGGCGAUACCUGGAUGCUGCAAGCACUGAGAACCAAAACGGAUCUAUAUGUAGCAUAGCAAAAGAUGUUUUAUAUAAAUAUAUAUUUCUAUAAUAUGGAAUUAGCUAUGGUUUAUAUGCUGAGGCUGAGGAUAGCAUGCAGCUAACAUGAAGUAAUAAAAACAGAUACAAUAGCAAUAGUAUAUUAAUUAUUCGGUGUCUACAGCUAGCAUGUGCUGAUUACCUCAUGGUUAACGUCACCACUAGUUUGCUUUGAUGUUGCUAAUGUUAUCAAGCUGAUAUAAACUCACUGUCACACGUUCAGAGCACUUUUACUCUGAUGAAAGAUGUUUUUAUUUUCUGUUAUGGAAAAAACUAAAUUGCGUUCACACUGACAGCGAUUUGCAACCGAACGCCAUUCAUUUUCGACUUUUGCAUUUGGACAAAGUUUAACUUUAUGCAAAUGAGCAGUGGCGGAGUAACCAAUGGGAGUGCAGACAGUCAUGUGAUGCUGAAUAUGUAAUUGCUUUAAUCUCACGGUUAAACCGUUGUCAGUGUGAAUGCACAUUAACAGGGUAUCCUCACAAAUCUGGAUUUUAUUUGUAGUUUAAAUAAAUGUACUGCCGAUAUAAUCUAUAAAGAGAAUUUAUUGUCUGAAAUAACACUCUCUCAUGCUGUGGACUUGACCAAAACAUAGACUGCUGGUCUCAGGCUGGACUGCCAACACUGUCCUCCAUCGAAUUCUGUUAUCUGCUAUUGCUUUUGUCUUUAUUUUGUGCUUCAUAUCUAU